UCUGGAUAUGGAAAUGGAUCUUGCCCAGAAAAUCAAAGAUCACUGGGUGUCCGAGCAGCUAUGUAUUCAUUUAUGGCAGGAGCCAUAUUCAUCACGGUGUUUGGCAACCUCGCCAUGAUCAUUUCCAUUUCCUACUUCAAGCAACUUCACACACCAACCAACUUCCUCAUUCUCUCCAUGGCAGUCACUGAUUUCCUCCUGGGGCUCACCAUCAUGCCUUACAGUAUGGUCAGAUCAGUGGAGACUUGCUGGUAUUUUGGGCUUACAUUUUGCAAGAUUCAUUAUAGUUUUGACCUAAUGCUUAGCAUAACGUCCAUUUUCCAUCUUUGCUCAGUGGCCAUUGAUAGAUUUUAUGCUAUCUGUUACCCUUUAUGUUAUUCCACAAAAAUAACGAUUCCCCUCAUUAAGCGGUUGCUACUUCUCUGUUGGUCUGUCCCUGGAGCAUUUGCUUUCGGGGUGGUCUUCUCUGAGGCCUAUGCUGAUGGGAUAGAAGGCUAUGACAUCUUGGUGGCUUGUUCCAGUUCCUGUCCAGUGAUGUUCAAUAAGCUAUGGGGGACCACCUUGUUUAUGGCGGGUUUUUUCACUCCAGGGUCUGUGAUGGUGGGGAUUUAUGGCAAGAUUUUUGCAGUGUCGAGAAAACAUGCUCGUGCAAUAAAUAAUUUGCCAGAAAAUCAAAAUAACCAAAUGAGGAAAGACAAAAAAGCUGCCAAAACUUUAGGAAUAGUGAUGGGUGUUUUCUUAUUAUGUUGGUUUCCCUGCUUCUUCACUAUUUUAUUGGAUCCCUUUUUGGAUUUCUCUACUCCUGUGGUUUUGUUUGAUGCUUUGACAUGGUUUGGUUAUUUUAACUCCACGUGUAAUCCCUUAAUAUAUGGUUUCUUCUAUCCCUGGUUUCGCAGAGCACUGAAGUACAUUUUACUAGGGAAAAUUUGCAGCUCGCAUUUCCAUAAUACUAAUUUGUUUACUCAAAAAGAAUGGACUUCUUCUGUAGGAGUGAAUUGA